AUGCCAACAAAGCCAAUGGAUGGAGUGAACCGCUCUGUGGUGUCAGAGUUUGUGUUCCUGGGACUCACCAAUUCCUGGGAGAUCCAACUUUUCCUCUUCAUGUUCUCCUCCACAUUUUACAUGGCAAGCAUGAUGGGAAACUCCCUCAUUAUGCUCACUGUGACCUCUGACCCUCACUUACACUCCCCUAUGUACUUCCUAUUGGCCAACCUCUCCUUCAUUGACCUGGGAGUUUCCUCUGUUACUUCUCCCAAGAUGAUUUAUGACCUUUUUAGAAAGCGUAAAGUCAUCUCCUUUAGUGGCUGCAUCACUCAAAUUUUCUUCAUUCAUGUCAUUGGUGGUGUGGAGGUGGUGCUGCUCAUAUCCAUGGCUUUUGACAGGUAUGUUGCCAUAUGUAAGCCUCUCCACUAUCUCACCAUCAUGAGCCCAAAACUGUGCAUCUUCUUUUUAAUAGCUGCCUGGAUGACUGGCCUUACCCACUCCGUGGUUCAGUUGGCUUUUGUGGUAAAUUUACCCUUCUGUGGUCCUAAUGUGUUGGACAGCUUUUACUGUGAUCUUCCUCGAUUCAUCAAACUUGCCUGCACAGACACUGACCAACUAGAGUCCAUGGUCACGGCCAACAGUGGGUUCAUCUCUAUUGGCUCCUUCUUCAUACUGGUCAUUUCCUAUAUUGUCAUCAUUCUCACUGUUCAGAAACGCUAUUCAGCUGGUUCUUCGAAGGCUCUGUCUACACUGUCAGCUCACAUCACUGUGGUAGUGCUGUUCUUUGGUCCUUUGAUAAUUGUCUAUACCUGGCCAUCUCCCUCUAUACACUUGGAUAAGUUUCUGGCCAUCUUUGAUGCAGUUCUCACUCCUUUCCUGAAUCCUCUCAUUUACACAUUCAGGAAUCAAGAAAUGAAGGUGGCAAUGAGGAGAGUAUGCAGAGAGCUAGUGAAUUACCAUAAAAUCUCUUAA